AUGCACCACGUUGGUAAUGAGGGGAACGCAAACAAUUCAAAUCGACCUCCGAAGGAGAAGGAGAAGAGAUUAUCGUACGUGUUGAAUAAUGCUGAUGAGACUAAGCAUAGUGCAGGCAUAAAUUGCUUGUCUCUGCUCAAGUCUGUGCCAUCUGAUGGGUUUGAUUAUCUCUUCACUGGAAGUCGUGAUAGCACGCUAAAACGAUGGGCAUUGGUUGACGAUAUGCCAUCAUUCUCUGCUAAGUUUGAGUCUCAUGUGGACUGGGUUAAUGAUGUUGUUCUUGUCAGUGAUAAUGUUCUUGUUUCGUGUUCUUCAGAUACAACCAUUAAGACAUGGAAUGCUUUGUCCAACGGAACAUGUACUAGAACACUCCGCCGACACAAAGAUUAUGUUACUUGCCUUGCUACAGCUGAAAAUGAUAAAACCGUGGUUGCCUCUGGUGGUCUUGGCGGAGAGGUUUUUAUAUGGGAUAUUGAAGCUGCAACUGCAAAAUGCAAUGAUACGAUGGAUGGUGAUAAUGAUAAUUCAAAUGGUGCUAAUGCUUCAGGAAACUCAUUACCAGUGACCACCAACUCAAGAAACAAUAUAUCCAUGGACACUACUGAAACUCAAGAAUACACUCCAAUUGGUGUGGAAGGGUGUAAGGAAUCUGUUUAUGCAUUGGCAAUGAAUGAGGAGGGAACACUUCUUGUCUCUGGUGGUACAGAACAGGUUGUGCGUGUUUGGGAUCCGAGAUCAGGAUCAAAGACUUCAAAACUAAAAGGACAUACAGAUAACAUCAGGACUUUACUUUUGGAUAGUACUGGAAGGUUUUGCAUAUCAGGAUCUUCAGACUCUAUGAUAAGGCUUUGGGAUAUUGGUCAGCAACGGUGUAUUCAUUCUUAUGCAGUUCAUACAGAUUCUGUUUGGGCUCUUGCCAGCACUUCAACAUUUAGUCAUGUUUACAGUGGUGGCAGAGAUCUUUCAGUAUAUGUAACAGACUUGCAAACAAGAGAGAGUGCUUUGCUCUGUACUGAGGAAAAUCCUAUUCAGCGAUUGGCUUUGCAUGAUGAUAACAUAUGGGUUACAUCAACGGACUCUUCAGUUCACAGAUGGAGCGCUGAAGGACGCAACCCUCGAAACAUUUUUCAAAGAGACAAUUCUCUACUAAAUGGAAAUUUGUCACUUUCGAAAGCAAGGGUGUCAUUAGAUGAAUCUACUCCUGAUCCUGUAUACAAACAACCAACAUUAACUAUUCCUGGUAUCCCUGCAAUAGUACAACAUGCACUUUUGAAUAAUAAGAGGCAUGUCCUGACAAAGGAUACUUCUGGUUCAGUGAAGUUGUGGGAAAUUACAAAAGGUGCUUUAGUUGAAGAUUAUGGAAACGUUUCAUUGGAGGAAAAAGUGGAGGACCUGUUCGAGAAGGUUGAUAACAUUCCUCCAUGGUUCACAGUGGAUACCAGAUUUGGAUGUUUGUCUGUACAUUUCGACUCUCCUCAAUGUUUUUUGGCUGAGAUGUAUUCCGAAGAUCUUAACAUUGUAGGCAAGACUAAAGAUGAUAAGGUUAACAUGGGUCAAGAAACACUGAAAGGGCUCUUCGGUGAUUGGCUGAGAAAAAGAAAGCAAAGGAUGGAAUGUGCAGCCCCUAGUAAUGGGGAGUUAGUACCUGGAAAAGAUAUUGGUAUCAGAAAUCAUACACCUUCAAGCAUCGAUGGAAGUUGUGACACUAAUGCAUUUGAAUUUUCAGACAUUUCUUUUGUUUCCAUUAUUACUGAGGGAAGCCAUGGAGGUCAAUGGGGGAAAAAGUUAACCCAUCUAGAUGGAACUGAGGAUGAAAAAGACUUCCCAGGGUGGUUGCUCGAAUGCCUAUUGAAUGAUUCGUUACCUUUUUGUAACGAAAAUACUAAUACCAAGUAACCUUUUCUUGGCCACCCAAGAAGAAAACUUGUUUGCAGAAUUAUGCCAAUUUUAGAACAUGCAAAUUUUUGCAAAUUUUUAAGAUUGAUGCAUAUGAUUGAUAAAGUUGUAAACCUUGUAAUUAGAAACAGGAUGAUUGAAGUUUCUAUCUUAACGGGAUACAUGA